AUGGAUGAAAAUCCUCGCCCACUGAAGAGGCAGCGCAUACAGCCAGAGCCGUCGAUGUCUGCAGUGACCGACGACACUGGCUACUCUUCUGACCUCACCACUCUCCCGCCGAGCAGCGACCCCGCCCUCCGCGCUGUGUAUACCUCUCCCCCUCUCAAGCACCAGCUCUCUCAGCAGCCACUACAGUCUCAAGAAGAGCUCAAGCCCCUACCGCCGGCAGUUUUGCUCGUUAACCUACCCGCGCUGCUCGCGCACCCGCCGAACCACAAGUACUACGUGCACUCGCUCGUACUGUCGUUGUCUGCGCUGCGGAAAUGUUUGGAGUUGCCUGCGUUGCUGCCGGACAUCGAGUGUCGCGCUUGGACGGGACUGGCGGAGCUUGGGAUGCGGGUAAUCGCAGGGGGACUCAGCCAGAGCGAGGAGUACGGAUGGGCGACGGGGAUCGAGGCUGAGGUGGAGAAAGCCCUAAGUCGAGGGUCAAUCAUUGCACAGAAGCACCCUUCUCUACGCGCAUACAAGCACCAGCUCGCCCUCCUGCAGGCCCAGCUGUCUCAAUGGCAGCACAAGACCAAGUUCGCGCGCAACCAAAUCCGGAAUUUCAUCUCGUCACUCAUGUCGUCGGAUCCGCCGCAUAUACGCUACUCAGCGCAGCUCGCCCUCAUCACCCUCCUCACCACACCCAAUGCUGCACACCAGACGAAAACUCAGCCCGAGAAGGUGCAGAACCGCACGCCGCCCUCGUCUCCCCAACCUAGUGCACAGGAUGUGUAUGCAGCCCUCUCGGUUGUCCAGGAGCUCGAGGAACGCGCCGUGGCAGACACGCACAAGCAGGUGGCGCUCCUCGCCCGAGUAUUGCGCCUUCGCAUUCUCGUCGCAGCAGGAAUGUGGCCAGAUGUCUGCGCCGCGAUCCAAAAGGGUGAGGCCGCGCUUGGGCUUUCGUACGAGGCGGCUUCAACGCCCAAACCUCGCAAACCGCCACCUUCGCAGGGUAAGGGUGCUACCCAGACGCAGCAGCGACCUCCUGCGCCAGAACAGAUGUUCAUCAUGUUCGAAGACGCGUUCGAGGCGGCGAUGGCCGUCCAUCUGCUCAUGCUGUCGAUUGUGUACUACACGCAUGCCGGGGACGCAGCAGAGGUGUCUCCAAGACUGUCACACCUGCACGCGCUGCUUGACUCGGAUGUCUUGGACAGGUUCCCGGACGGAGCUAUUGAGAUCGCGCUUCCAACGGGACCGUCGUUGGUCGUGCAAGUGACACAUCCACGCAUCCUUUUCCUGCUUGCAUUCCUUGUCAGCAGCGCCUCCAAGCGGGACGCUGUCGGGAGAAAGCCCAAGCGGAAAGUGUUCGCCGCCGAGGGGCUGGCCACUUGGGAUGCGGAGGCAAUUCGCGAAAUCUCAUUCUCCACUUGGGCAAGUGCCGGAGACAUGCAGGAAGUCGAAGAACGUCUUGCGAGAAUCAAGGCUGACUUGCUCUCCGAACUCAUCGCAGUGUCCACCAUGCGCAGCGAGUUCUCUAUAGCAGAAGAGAACCUGAACAAUCUCAUCGCGCAUACACGCACGUACGAGAUCUUCCCUCUGCUCGCCGCCCGUAUCGCGCUGCACCACGCGCACCUGGCGCAUGCGCUCCUACAGCCCGCGCGGGCGCUCCGAUGCUACCGUGCCGCCGCACACCACGCAGAACGCGGAAGCUUCGUCCAUGUAGCCGCGCUCGCAGGGGAAUCUGCUAUAUGCGUCGGCGUGUCUCGACGCAUGAGCCGCCUCGGCGAAACAUGGCGAGAAGGACUCUCCGAGCUGGACGAAGACUGGCCGGAGGACGAAGGCGUGGAGGUCGACGUGGAGAGAGGCAUGGAGGUCGUGAAGAUGUGUCGAGGCAUGGGCGGUUCGCUGGAGGCAGUCGCCCAGGUACUAGAGGCGUCCUUCACGCCGGAGAUUCUCAAAGCGAAGCAACAUCUAAAGCAAGCACUCGAGUUGGCGACGAAGGCACAGGACAACCACCUUCGUGCGCUGGUGCUCGCACUCAUCGCGGCGCACUACCUACACACCGCCGGAGACCACGCACGCACGAUGCUUCAGACGUGCGAGCAACUCGCCGCUGGAUUAGGUGCGCCGCCAACCAAGGGCACAGGCGCAACCCAGAACGCGAAGAGCACUCCGGUCGUAGUUGGCAACGCGCCCCUCGGACUGUGGGUGGGCGAACGGUUCCUGGAACUCUUCAAGCGCGCCGGGAAGGAGGCGCGCGUCCAGAAACAGACCGCCGUCAAUGCCCAGCUGACGAAGGCGGUCUCGGAUCUUGCGCGAAGAGACCUGCCUGCGCUCGCCAAGACGCAGGUGUCCGCGCCUUGCCCGUGA